CAAUGCAAAGUUCAACAGUGAUAUUGCAGUUAUAACAGCUGAGGUAUUCUGGAGUUGUCCUUCAUAUAUAUAUAUAUACUUUUUGGGGAUCUCAAUAAGGAAUCUGUUAAACUGAAGUGGUUUAUGUUUUUUGUAAACGUUGAUAAAGAGGAUAUUAACAUUCAACUUUGAGGAAGUGCAUGAAUAACACAGAAUGACUCCCUUGCUGUAUAAAGAUGCCUUUUGGGGAGUUGAUUUCACUAAUCAUCAGGGCUAUGAGGUUCUGAUUCAGAGACUAUGUGAUGGCAGGCGGAUGUGCAAAGAUGUGGAGGAACUGCUGAAGAUGAGGGCCAUGGCAGAAGAGAGGUAUGGGAAGGAUCUGGUGACAAUAGCACGUAAAGCUGGGGGGCAGACAGAGAUCAGCACCCUGAAAGCCUCAUUUGAUCGACUUAAAACACAAAUUGAAAACAUCGGGAAUCUGCAUAUCCAGCUAUCCGGAAUGUUACGGGAAGAGAUCAAGAAGAUGGAAAUAUUCAGAGAGCGACAGAAAGAACAGAGGAGGAAGUUUGAGGGGAUUAUGGAGAAAGUUCAGAAGAUGAAGGUGUCCUUAUACAAGAAGACCAUGGAGUCUAAGAAGUCCUAUGAGCAGAAAUGUAAAGAAGCAGAUGAGGCAGAGCAGCUUGCUGACAGGAGCACCACAGCCACAACAACAAAACAGUCUGAGAAGGUACAACACAAGGCCAAGCAAUGCAGACAAGCCGUCACUGAAGCAGAGAAACAAUACAUGUUGAACGUAGAGCAGCUGGAGAGCGUUCGUCAGGACUGGGAGGGAACACACAAGGGCACAUGUGAGGUGUUUCAGCAGCAAGAGGUGGACCGCAUCACUAUCCUGAGGUGUGCCCUCUGGGACCACUGUAAUCACUUCUCUGUGCAAUGUGUCAAAGACGACGAGUUUUACGAGGAGGUGAGGAAUAUUCUGGAGACGUGUGACAUCACAGCAGAUAACAACUGUUUCAUAGAGACGAAGACAACAGGUUCAAGCCCACCAGACCCCAUUGUGUUUGAGAACUACUAUGAGAGGGAGCCAUCACCGGGCGACAACAACAGCAGCGCUCGCUUCGGAGGGGGAGGGGUCAGGAAAAGGUCAGCUGGCAGAACUUGGGACUCGUAGGGGCAGUUUCCUGAAGACAAUCGAGGAGUAGGCUAAAUUGUGUCCAGGAAACCACCCCAUAGUGUUUCUGUGAAACAAGCUCUAUCACUUUGUAACACUGGAAUAACAGUUGAAUGCAUAGGAAUUCUAAUAUGGACAUUGUAUCACUACAUUCUCAUAGCUAUACAUCAUCAACACAUUCAUAUAUAUUUGAGAAUGUGACAUGAAAAAUAUUUGUGCAGAUUCUCCAAUCUUCUGACGAAACUCUAGAUCAAAGAUGAGGAUCAGUGAGGGUUCAACGAGCCAGCGGCGCCACCUGUUGGUCAAACAGUGCCUGAGAGUUCAGAUGGAGUGUAUGCAUCCAUACCUGGCUUCCAGUCUGCAGCUG